AUGGCCAUCGCUGAUAACACUAGGAUGAAGGGUUUAGAAACUGAUGUGAAGAAACUAUUCCAGAUGAUGGAAUCGAUGAUGGAGGAGAACAGAGCCGAGUGUGCUCGAUUGAAGGAAUUGACUGACCUAAAAAUGGAUGCACUCCAAGCCUCCAUUUCUCAGCUCACGCUUGAACGGUCAACAAUGUCAGCUUCAUAUCCUGAGGAUGUUCAAAGCAGUGACCCAGGAUUUACUAGUGCUACUCCGUCCACUUUUGAAUCAGUUCGAUCUUCGGGACAGUCGGAGUCGAUGCCGCUGCCACAGCCGCAGUCCCAGCCACAAACACAGACACAGACGCAACCACCAUCGCUGCCGCCGCUGCCGCCACGCAGUGAUCAGAACAAUGAAGGAACUAGAUCUAAGAGGAGGAGGGGAAAAGCAAAUGUUGCUGAUGAGUCAACUAAUCCUGGCCAGUCUGAGGAACCAGGUACAGGUAACAGUAAAAAACCUGUUAGACCUAGAUCUUGGACUUGGGAGCAUUUUAAAAAAGAUGAAAGUGGUCCUAAACCUAGGGCUAUAUGUAAGUGGUGUGGAGCAUCUUAUGCUGCUGAUUCACAUAAGAAUGGUACUAGCAAUCUUAAAAGUCACUUGUUGAGUCAGUGUAGAAAAUUUCCAAAAGAUUCACUUGAUCCCACACAAAAAGCACUUGUUAUGCAGCAACUUAAAAAAGAAGAAGGAAAUGGGAUGGGUAAUUGUUUGACUGCUGUAUCUUUUGAUCCUGAUGUAUGUAGACAAGCUCUUGCUAGAAUGAUAAUUGUAGAUGAGUUGCCUUUUAGAUUUGUCGAAGGAGAGGGGUUUCGUUAUUUCAUGAGUAUUUUGCAGCCAAAACUCCAUAUUCCGGGCAGAAUAUCAGUUGCUAGGGAUUGUUGGAACUUGUUCAUGAAUGAAAAACAUAAGUUGAAGAGUGUCUUUAUAAAUUCAAAUCAAAGUGUGUGUUUGACCAUUGAUUGUUGGACUUCUGUACAAAAUCUAAACUAUUUUUGCCUCACUGCACAUUUUAUUGAUCAAGAUUGGAAGUUGCAAAAGAGAAUUCUUAACUUUUGUCUUAUCAAGAAUUAUAAAGGUGAAACAAUUGGUAGAAAGAUAGAAAAAUGCCUUUUAAAUUGGGGAAUAAGUAGGGUCUUUAGCAUCACAGUUGAUAAUGCUAGUUCAAAUGAUGUUGUCAUUUGUUACUUGAAAGGUAGAAUGGAGAAUUGGAAUUCACAUCCUUUAAAAGGUGAACAUUUGCAUGUUAGGUGUUGUGCUCAUAUCUUGAACUUGGUGGUGAAUGAUGGUUUGAAGGAUAUGCAUUCUUCAAUUAGUAAAAUUAGGAAUGCUGUUAGAUAUGUUUGUGCUUCUCCUAGUCGCAUGGAUAGGUUCAAAAGUUGUAUUAAAGAGGCUAGGAUCCAAGACUGCUCUUGUGUGCAAUUAGAUAUCCCCACUAGGUGGAAUUUCACUUACAUAAUGCUUGAUAGUGCUUUAAAAUUUCAAAAAGCCUUUAAGAGAUUAAGUGAGAGAGAUGCUGAGUUUGUAAUGAUGCAAGGGGGCAUUCCAAAGACUGAAGAUUGGGAUAAUGCAAGAUGCUUUGUGAGGUUUUUGAAGAUUUUUUCUGAUGUAACAAAAAAAGUCUCGGGUUUCACAUUUGUGACCUCUUCUUCAUAUUUUCAUCACUUUUGUUCAAUUCUUAGUUCUUUAAAGACUUGGGCUGAUAGUAAUGACAUAUUACUUAAGGGUAUGGCUACAAAAAUGAAGGCUAAGCAUGAUAAAUAUUGGGGUAACUUGAGGAACAUGAAUAUGAUGAUUUUUGUUGCUGUGGUACUUGACCCUAGAUAUAAGAUUAAGUUUGUUGAGUGGAGUUUUCAAAGGUUGUUUGAGAAAGAAGAUGCUGAUUUCUUAUGUGGUAAGGUGAAGGAAGUAUUCAAUGGCUUGUUCAACAGCUAUAGGGUUGCUCUCAAUAAUGUGGAUAUGGAUGAUACAUUUGAAAAUGAUGUACAAGCAAGUGAGAGUGUCAACACAAAUGAAGUGGAUUUAUAUCUCAUGGAGUCCUUGGAGAAACCAGUUGAUCCAAGUAGUUUUGAUAUUUUAACUUGGUGGAAAGUGAGCUCUAACAAUUACAAAUAUCCUGUUCUAAGUCAAAUUGCGAGAGAUAUUCUAGCUAUGCCGGUGUCAACGGUUGCUUCUGAAUCCGCCUUUAGCACUGGAGGUAGAGUGCUUAAUCAAUAUAGAAGCUCUCUUACCCCAAAAACUGUUGAAGCUUUGAUUUGUGCACAAAAUUGGUUUCGAGCCAAUUCAUUGCCAAUUGACCUUGAGGAGUCUUUUGAAGAAUUUGAAAAACUUGAGAAAGAACUUGAGCCAAUUCCUCAACUAAUAGAUGAAGAAGACUCUGGUGAUGAAUCUGAUUAG